ACGUUUCCUUGCGUCGCUGGUUGCCAAGUGACGAGAGGAAAGCGCGCGCGGUAUAGAAAACCAUUCCAAGGGACGGAAGCCCAGAGGGGACUAUUGCCGUUCCACAGCGAGAGGGAUAUUGAGAAGGGGAGCUCUGAGGGGUGUCCAGACGGGCAGGUAGCCGCGCGACGAGGCCGGUGAACUAGCUGUAAGCUGUUUCAGAUGACUGUCCUUCUGUGUGAGAUGCACCUUUGGUCGCUGAAGAAUACCUUGCAUGUUGAAGAUCAAGACAUUGGAGUCCACCAUUACUAUGACAAAAAGGAAUCGGAACCACAAUUGAACUUUGACCAUUUGCAUCAGAAGCAACUGUUAGCAGAAUCUCGAGAUUAUCCUUGGGUACUUAAGAACAAACGUCCAGAGAAGCUGAGGGACACACUUAAAGAGCUAGAGGAACUGAUGCAAAACAGUCAGUGUGUGCUGUGCAAAUGGAAGACCAAAUACGUCUGUCAGCUCCUGUUUCAUUCAGGUAUACUGGUAUCCCUAAGCCUUUGUGGGCCACAGCUGGAGCGAGUGGUGAUUGACAGAACCCUGAUGGGGAAGCUCAUCUCCGACACUAUCAGCGAUGCUGUCCUCACAGAUAGUUUCAUGAUCUUGACAUUUUGGGAACAAAGCAAACUCUGUUUCAUUCAGUUUACUAAGAAGGCAAAUUCUCCUGAUGUAAACAAAAGGCCUGAAAAACUCUCAUCCCUGGAAUAUAAGAUAUCUUAUGUUGAUAUACCAGGUCUUGGAAGUAAAAGACUGAAACGUCGUUUGGCAGUAAAUAGUGUACAAGAUAUGGUUAUUUGUUGGUGGUCAUCGACGAAGGUUGAAAUGUGGCCAUGGACUCCGGCCUCUAGUGAGAGAGAGAGAGCCAACUUACUGCUCUUGAAACAUGAACGUGGCAACUUGGAGAUUUUCAGUUAUAUACGCACAUCUGGGGAUCCGCUUGACGUCACCUUUAGUUCAUCUCACCCUCACCAGAUUCGUACCGUAGAACACUCUUUAAGUGCAGAUCAAGAACCUAUGGCAGACAGCUGCAUUUAUGAAUGUGUUCGGGAUAAAGUUCAGUGUGUGGCGGUCACUAAAAUACCACUAGUUUCAAAGGCUAUCAGCUGUUGCAGGAACAUUACAGAAGACAAACUUGUUCUCGGGUGUGAAGAUUCUUCCAUUGUUCUGUAUGAGGACUAUCGUCAAUUAACCCUCUUGGUACAAGCAGAAGUACUGCCCGCUUUCAUGUGUUGCCACCCCAAUGGAGCUGUAGUCUUGGUUGGCAGUUCACAAGGGGAGCUACAGAUAUUUGACAUAGCACUGUCUCCAAUUAAAUUGCAGCUUUUAGCUGAAGACUUCUCCCCCAAAUCAACUCUACAAUUUAGUGAACAUUUUAAUGUAUCAAGUAGUCUUUCCCAGAUUCAGUGGGCUGCCUCUCAAGUUUCAUAUGAGACCAUGGGUGGUACUGAUAUACACAAUCUUCUAUUACUGAGAUUUCACAAAGGACCCAUUGGAGUACUUCAUUUUAAAACUGGUGUCAUCCCCAGAGGUCAUUUUGGCCUUAUAGCAAUGAUCCAGGAGUAUAUUCAUCAAGAUGAAAUUCAUGAGGCAAUUAAUAUACUGAGUGGCAUGAACUGGAACACAAUGGGUGAACAAUGCUUUGUAAGCCUAAGUGCCAUAGUAAACUACCUCCUGAGGGAAAAGCUGACUGGCGAAAGAGAAGCACAGCUUGAGGCCACCCUCGGGACCUUCUACGUGCCAAGAAGGCCUCUGGCCGAGACAACGGUGCUGGAAUACAGGGACCAGAUCAGCAGAUACGCAAGGAGGUUCUUCCACCAUCUGCUCAGACAUCAAAGAUUUGAAAAAGCAUUUCUACUUGCUAUUGAUAUAGGUGCCCAUGACUUAUUUAUGGACAUCCAUUACUUUGCACUAGAUAAGGAUGAAUUGGCACUAGCUGAAGUGGCAAAGAAAAAGGCUAACGACAUUGACACAGAAUCAAUAACGACUGCGGCUGAAAUUCCUGGACAUAAAGGCAGAGAAGAUGCUCUAAGUGAAGCUUUUGCAGAUCUGAGUGUGCUUCCACAACGGGAACCGAAAUGUCCAAGCAAUCUCCCACUCUCCACUAUGAAUACUCGAUCCUUCCCAUUUACAGCACAUAACAGUUCUACUAGAUCUAGUUUUUCAAGAGAAAUAGAUACAAAGGAACAUUCAUUCAUAAGACAGAUUUAUACUACAUUGCAGAUGAACAAAGAUGAAGCUUGCUGUGAAACAGAAACUUCUGAGGAGGCACAUGAUAAAGAGGAAAUCAGAGGAAGCAACUCUGUCAAAGUGGUGCAUUUUGGACUGGUGUAAAACAAAAAUGAGUUACCAGAUGUACUGCUAUCCACCUCCAAGGUCCAAGACACAGUUCAAAGCCAACCAAAAUGAUGGGGCCGUGGAGCUCAGCAAAAGAGUAGGGCAGUGCAAGACCCCAACAGCCUCCUCCAACGCCUCUCUGCCUCCUCGUCUGGCACAAACCGCUGUGAAAAGACACCUGAGCAUCUUAGAACUGCCUACUCCUCCCACGCUAUAUGACUGCAGAGUGAAACUUCAACUUAAAGCUCUGCAGUUGAUAUUUUAAUAUCAUUUUAACAGAUAGCAUCUUCACUUGGGAUGCCUCUACAAAAUAUCAACUUUGAAUAACACUGUAUUGCGAAGAAAAAUGCUCUCAGCUUUGCCAUCUCCCUUUUAGUUUAGUUGACUAUUACUUGACUUGCUUAAAAACCAAGAAUACAUAAUACUUAUUGCAUGUUAAGGUAUUAACAAAAAUGGAUUGUGAAGGAAGCAUUCUGUUGUAUUUGCCAUAAGUGUCCCUUUGCAUUCAUGUAUUAAGAAUGGCUUUUCUCCUCUGUUCUUCUCUUGUGUCGUCGGAAGACUGGUGUGAUAUAAUACAAAUUUAAUCUUAGCCAUUCAAGUUUGGGAUCGAAAUUAAUUGAAAUUUAGUUAUGCCACUAAAAUGCACUCUUGCCAAAUAAAGAGAUGGAAAUUGAUUUUUAA